UUAGAUGAUUGGGACGAUUGGGGUACUUGGAGCCCUUGUAGUGUAACAUGUGGAUGUGGACAACAAGUUCGUUGGCGUCAUUGCAUAACUGAUGAUUGCAUUAAAGGAUUAAAAAAAAUCGAUUAUCCAGUGUCGAUCAUUAAAAAGUUUCGACACAGUCAUAGCACAAUAUCGAAUUUAUAACAUGAUUUUGGAUUUCGAGAGGAAUGUGAGAGAAGAUACUAUUAGUUUUUAAUCAGUGUCUAUAUUCGGCCAAGAAAUAGAUCUUAUCGAUCGAAAUGUUCCAUGGAGAGGGGAGAAGAGGAUCUGCGUACUGUGAAUAAUAUAAUAGGAAGCAUAUAAAACUCACGCAUUAAUAAAACAGAAGUUAAGUGACAAAACUUACGACGAUUUAAUAAGAUAAAAAGAAAGAUCAUGGAAGAGCGUAGCGAGAUACAAUCGUUUUAUAAAGGCAAGACUAUAUUUAUUACUGGAGGAUCCGGUUUCAUGGGAAAGGUUCUUAUUGAGAAAUUAUUGUAUGCCUGUGACAAUCUUGAUAAAAUUUAUAUGUUAAUAAGACCCAAAAGAGGUCACAGUCCAGAUUCGCGUAUAGAAGAUAUGUUCAAAUUACCGUUGUUCUUAAGAGUGCGAAAAGAAAAGCCGGAAAUUAUAAAAAAGGUGAUACCUUUAGUUGGAGAUAUUUUAUUGAACAAUCUCGGUCUCACCGAUGAACAACGGGAGUGUUUAAUUAAUGAAACUCAAAUCGUCUUUAAUUUAGCAGCCGCGGUUAGAUUAGAGGCUAAAUUAAAGGACGCCAUCGAGUCUAACAUGGUCGGCACGAAGAGAGUAUUGGAACUUGGCAAGGCCAUGAAAAAGCUGGAGGCAUUCGUGCAUCUGAGUACGGCCUUUUGUCAUGUUGAUCAAAAGGAGCUCGGUGAACGAGUUUACGAUUCGCCGAAUGAUUAUCAGGACGUCAUAAAAUUUGUUCAAUGGAUGGAGGAAGACGUUGUUAAUCUUGUCACGUCUAAAUUAAUAGCCCCGCAUCCGAAUACUUACACGUACACGAAAUGUUUGACGGAGAAACUGGUCGCUGAUGAGUAUCCCCAUAUGCCAGUUGUCAUAACAAGACCUUCCAUUGUUUUACCGGCUGUCAGUGAACCUUUACCAGGUUGGGUGGAUAAUUUGAACGGGCCGAUAGGUAUCAUUAUUGGUGCUGGGAAAGGUGUAAUUAGGUCGAUGCAUUGUAACCCUAAUUAUCAUGCCGAAGUUAUACCCGUUGACUGGGCAAUUAAUGCAUUGAUCGUGAUAGCAUAUAAGAUAAGCAUAGAUCGUAACAAAUUGAAAAACUGUCCGGUUUACAAUAUUACCCAGACAAGUAUGGAACGAAUGACAUGGGGUCAAAUUUUAGAGAAGGGAAAAGAGAUUAUUUAUGAUUAUCCUUUCGAAGGACAGAUAUGGUAUCCGGACGGCAAUAUACGGAACAACAAAUUCAUUCAUAAUUUGUUUGUCUUUUUCUUUCACAUUAUACCGGCUUAUCUAAUUGACUUCCUGAUGUUAAUAUUUUGUCAAAAAAGAUUCAUGGUACAUAUUCAAAAAAAAAUUUCGAACGGCCUCGAUUUCCUUCAAUAUUUCACCACGCGAAAAUGGAUCUUUCACAAUAUGAAUCUAUUGAUCUUAUGGGGUGACAUGAGUCCAAAGGAUAGGGAACUAUUUCAAUUUGAUACAACGAAUGUCGACAUGUUAGAGUACAUGAAGUUUAUUAUAUUGGGUGCGAGGCAAUAUUGCAUGAAAGAGGAUCUAUCUUCUUUACCGAGAGCACGCAUUCAUCAAAGGAUAAUGUACAUCAUUCACAUCACAACGGUAUAUCUGUUCUACUUUGGGAUAUUUUAUUUUAUAUACGAACACUGCGAGUUUGUUCAGGUUUUCGUCGAUUACCUCAUAAAUAAGAUCAAGAUGCUGCCAUUGUUGGGUAAUGUUAUUUAGGAGUAUUGUGUUAAGAAAAAAAUAGAAAAAAAAAAGAACAACACAAAAGCAAAGAUCCAUUGGAAAUCAUUUGGAGUCUCUUUGUAUUGUAUUAAUUUAAUAUAUUGUAUAUUUGAUUUAUUUGAAGUAGUAUGUUAUCGAUAAAAGAUUGACUAAUUCUGUAUAUUUAUGAAUCUUUCUUUCUUUUUUUUUUAAUUUUUGUCAAUCUUUCGAUAUUUUUCCCCAUCUUUAUAUAUAUAUCGAAGUAGAAAAUCAAAAGAAAAAAAAAAAAAAAAAAGGAAAAAAAAAGAAAGAAAGAUUUAAAAGUGUACAAAAUUAGUUCGUCUUUUAUCGAUAACAAUAUUUUAUCGUAUAACAUACUGCUUCAAAUAAAUCAAAUAUACAAUAUAUUAAUACAAUACAAACGGACCCCAAAUGAUUUCCAAUAGAUCUUUUCUUUUAUUUUCCUUUUUUUUGUUUUCUUAUAUAUAUAUAUAUACACAUAUAUUUCAUUUGUACGUAUAAGUAUUUAAGAUACGAGAAAUUGGAUUUUCCUGCGUCGGUGUGCUGUUUUCUGUUAAGGAAAAAAAAAAAAAAAAAAAAAAAAAGAGAAACAGGAAAGAAAGAAUCUUCUAAGGGAAUGAUCGUAGUUCGUAAAUAAAUUGAAGCUUCGUUGAGUACGUGGAUCUUAGAUAUUGGCCAAAUAUAGAUACGCCUACGUACGUCAAAGUAAA